GUGUCUUCAACUCCAAUCCAUUGCUUGUGCAUUGCUUCGAGCCUACUUGAUCGCUGCCUCACCUCACUCCCUCUCCCUCUCCCUCUCCCUCGCCGAGUGAGCUUGCGCUUCUUCUCACCCACGCUUCCCCCAUAUAUACCCGACCAUCCACCGGGAGGAAGCAACCGCCGGUCCAUCACGCCGACCGCCAUUGCCUCCGUCCAUCCACGCUGCUUGCCCAGCCCAGCUCAUCAUCCCGGAGCGGAAUCAACUGAUCGAAUGGGACGCCCGUCGUCCGGCGCCGUGGGGCAGCCCAAGGUCCGCAAGGGACUGUGGUCGCCCGAGGAGGACGAGAAGCUCUACAACCACAUCAUCCGGCACGGCGUCGGCUGCUGGAGCUCCGUCCCCAGGCUCGCCGCGCUGAACCGCUGCGGCAAGAGCUGCCGCCUCCGGUGGAUCAACUACCUCCGCCCCGACCUCAAGCGCGGCUGCUUCUCCCAGCAGGAGGAGGACCACAUCGUCGCGCUCCACCAGAUCCUCGGCAACAGGUGGUCUCAGAUCGCGUCGCACCUGCCGGGCCGGACGGACAACGAGAUCAAGAACUUCUGGAACAGCUGCAUCAAGAAGAAGCUCCGGCAGCAGGGCAUCGACCCGGCCACGCACAAGCCCAUGGCCUCCGCGGACACGGCAACGGCAGCGGCCGCAUUGCCGGACGCAGAAGAGGAAGACCGUAAGCCCCUUUGCCCGGAGAUCGACGGCAGCCUCGUUCCGAAGCAGCCGGCGGUGUUCGACCCGUUCCCGCUGUGCGUCGACUACGGCGCCGGGUUCGCCGAGGAACUCGGCGUGGCGAACGCUGCGGCAUUGUAUGGCCAGCUCUGCGGCGGGAAGGAGGUCGCGGACGACGACGCCGGGUUCGGCGCCGCGGACUACAGCUGCGUGCUGGACGUGUCGGAGAACCUGGGCUACGGGGAGAGCUCGAGCAACAGCAGCAACUGGAACUACGGCGGCGAGGUGGGCAGCGUGCUGGACGGCGAGGUGCCGCACUGGGCCAAGGCGGAGCCGGCCUUCGCGGAGAUGGAGAGGCAGCAGCAGCACUCACCGGCGGAGCAGAAGCUUUCGCUGCCCUGCCAAGAACAGAGCCUCCUCGCAAGUUUCGAUUUCAACCUGGAAUUGGAACCAUACUUCUGAAAUUCCCCCCUCUUUUUUCCCUCCAUUUUUCACCUUCUUGAAUCAUAUCACGAUUUCCAACCACGUAUAUUCACACGUCAACAGGAUGGCAAGGAUCCAUCCGAAAGCCAAUUAGGGAUUGUACGUAGAGUACAAACAAAGACACACGCUUGUUUGAUUUUUCACAGAGACGACAAUACGGUAAGUAUGUCGUGGAACAUUGUUGUGUAGGCGCUGCUUAGUCACGGAGACGACAUAUAGCAAUCAAACACUUGUAAAAAAUAAGCACAAACAUUUAUAUACAUACUGGAGUAUUACUUUGCA